AUAUAAAAGAGAUUGAACAACUUCUCGCAAAACCGUCAUUUCAAGAAAGAGUCGAUAAAGAACCAUUGAGAGAAUUGUGCGAGAUUCUUAACAAAAAAUCAUCCAAAGAUAAACUCGUAAAUGAAAUGUUUCGAUCUACAAAUAAUGCUUUUCGAGAGUUUUGUGAUUAUGGGACAAAAGUUGAUUGUCGACGACAUCGAAAAACCCCUCAAGCCUGUCGUAGGUUACAUUUUAAACCUAUGCUUCGUCCCCAUACUGAAUUAGAACUAGGUGAUUGUUCAUAUCUUAACACGUGUCAUCGUAUGGAUACCUGUAAAUAUGUUCAUUAUGAACUUGAUGAAGAUGAA